AUGGAGCUUCUCGAUUGGUCGCUAACUGCGUUCGACUGUCCGGUCACGGGAGCCUUCCUCUACGGCGAGUCAAACAGUCCCGAGAAGUGGCAUUGUCAAUACCCGGACGCGUGGGGUUGCGCGCAGUCGCCCGUCAACGUGCUCACGCGCGAGGCCACCGUCCUCGCGCCCUCGAAGUCGCUCAAGUGGCGCGCAUACUGCGACGAGCCACGGGCCAUGAGUAUCGUCAACGACGGCAACACAGUGAGACUGUUUGGCUGCUGGCCAUGCCCAGCGUCUCGACCGCAUCUGCAAGGCGGCCCGCUGGCCGGCGUCUACGAGUUUCACUCGGCGAUUUUUCGCUGGGGCCCUUGCGACGAGGAGGGCAGCGAGCACUGCCUCGACUACACGCGCUACGCUCUCGAGCUGCAAGUCGUGCACGCCAAGCCAGGCCUCGACACCACUGUCGACGUGACCAGCUGCAAAAUCGCCGACGCCCUCGCCGUCGUUUCGUUCUUCUUCCAGGUGACGAGCGCCGACAAUCCGUACUUGGACCACGUGGUAACGAACCUGUGGCGCGUCGAGAGUCCCGGCACCGCGAGCCACAUUUCCGCGUUUCCCCUCGAGUGGCUGUUUCCCGUGUUCAAGCGCAAGUUUUACACGUACCCGGGUUCCUUGACGCAGCCACCUUGCAGUGAAAUCGUCGCCUGGAUUAUUCAGCCCGAGCCGAUUGCCAUAUCGGCCAAUCAGGUAUCGCAAUUCCGUAAAGUGCGUUCUAUCGAAGGACCGAUUCUGUCUAACACGAGGCCGGUUCAAAAACUCAACGACCGUGAGAUACUUUAUUUCUCGUGA